AUGACCGAAUCGCGACUCGGGAAAUGAAGGCUGUGGAAACAUGGCGGCCAAGACGCUUCGGCAGCGAGCCAGACGAGGCAGCAGACAAGAUGCAAACAACGUAAACACCACAGCCGAAGCCCGGCCGGCGAAAGAAGAAAAAACCGGCGAUGAAAGCAAAACAACAGAGAGCCGGCAAGAGCCGAUUAGUCGAGGAGGUCAGGUAUGGGCGCCAGAAGGGUCCACAGCGUUUAAAUGCCUACUUUCUGCACGUUUUUGUGCUGCUUUGCUCAGCAACAUCUCCGACUGUGACGAGACGUUUAACUACUGGGAGCCUAUGCACUUUCUCUUGUAUGGGACAGGAAUGCAAACAUGGGAAUAUUCCCCGUUGUACGCCAUCAGGUCAUAUGCUUACUUAUGGCUCCACGCUCUGCCGGCCUGUUUGCAUGCCCAUGUUCUACAGACUAACAAGGUGUUGGUGUUCUACUUUGUACGAUGUGUGUUAGCAUUCUGCUGCUGUGUCUGUGAACUCUAUUUUUACAAGGCGGUGUGUAAGAAGUUUGGUUUGCAUGUGGGGCGACUGAUGUUGGCAUUCCUUGUCCUGAGCACGGGAAUGUUCUCCUCCUCGGCAGCUUUUCUACCUUCCUCUUUCUGCAUGUACACAACCCUGAUUGCCAUGACUGGGUGGUUUCAGGACUCGAUACCGUUGGCUGUUAUGGGUGUGGCUGCCGGCGGAAUCGUCGGAUGGCCAUUUUCUGCUUUGAUUGGGUUUCCGAUCGCGUUCGACCUGCUGGUGAUAAGGAGAGAGUGGAAAAGUUUUCUGAUCUGGUGUGCCCUUGCUUUGCUACUGUUGCUGGUCCCUCUGGUUGCGAUUGACUCCUUCUUUUAUGGAAAACUGGUGAUUGCUCCACUCAAUAUCCUGCUUUACAACGUCUUUACCGAACAUGGGCCUGAUCUUUAUGGUACAGAGCCAUGGUCUUUCUACUUUGUUAACGGAGUCCUGAACUUCAACCUGGUGUUUGUUUUGGCGCUGUUCUCCCUACCGCUCACUGCCCUCAUGGAGACACUGUUGCACAGGUUCAAUGUUCAGAACCUGGGCCGCCCGUACUGGCUAACGCUCUCUCCCAUGUAUCUGUGGAUGUUGGUUUUCUUCACUAGACCUCAUAAAGAAGAACGCUUUCUCUUCCCCAUCUAUCCCCUCAUCUGCCUCAGUGGGGCAGUAGCACUCUCUUCUCUGCAGAAAUGCUACCACUUCCUUUUCCAGCGAUACCGACUGGAGCACUACACUGUUUCCUCCAACUGGCUGGCUUUGAGCACUGUUGUUGCCUUCGCAGUGCUGUCACUGUCCCGCUCUGUUGCCCUUUUUAGAGGCUACCACGCUCCUCUGGACCUGUAUCCAGAAUUUCACCGCAUUGCCAAGGAUCCAACGUUGCACUCCGUCCCCAAUGGCAUACCAGUCAGUGUGUGUGUUGGCAAAGAGUGGUACCGCUUCCCCAGUAGCUUCCUUCUGCCUCACAACUGGCAGCUGAACUUCAUUCAGUCUGAGUUUAAGGGGCAGCUUCCUCAGCCUUACGCCUCUGGACCUCUGGCGACACAGAUCAUUCCAGCCAAUAUGAACGACCAGAACCUGGAGGAGCCAUCCAGAUAUGUAGACAUAAAGACGUGCCACUACCUGGUGGACUUGGAGACGGACGAGGAAGCGCCACUGGAGCCUCGUUACUCAGCAAUUAAAGAAGAGUGGACGGUCAUUGCUUAUAAGCCUUUCCUUCAAGCUUCAAGAUCUUCUCCUAUCUUCAGAGCCUUUUACAUCCCGUUCAUAUCGGACCACCACACCACUUACAGGAGGUACAUGAUCUUGAAAGCUCGACGGCAAAAGCAGCCUCGUAAGCGGGCCCACGGCUGACAUUUGGACUUCACCCCUCCCUCGAGCCUUUCCAAGAUUAACAGAGCCCCAACUAGGAGUUGGUUACUUCUGUUCAAAGCAGCUGGUUUCUGUGUCAGUGUGCAUGUGAUUUGUCUCAUGAAAUGUGUGAAUUAGCAGACCUUUUAAGGAUGUUAUGUCUGAUUUGGAGCAGAGUGAUUGUGAGUAUGGACAUGUGAUUGCCAAUCCUCAGCUGGGCUUUUUUUUUUUUUUACUGUUCUGUGUCUGUCUGUAGAUUAAUGUCUUCAAGUCAUAAGCAGAAAAAAGAUUACUCUUACCUUAAAGAGGCCACGGCACAACAAAUCCAAGUGUUUUCUUUAUACGCUCUACUUGAAAAUGUGGCCUGAAUUGAAGGAUUCCUUUGAACAUUCGAUCUGAGAUAGACUAUUAUGUGAUGACUGCUUCUUUGGAGACAAUAAAUGUGUGGAGAUGAGUGAAGGUUUGUUGUUAUCGGGGUUCCUACAUAGCCUUCAAAAGCAUGGCCUUCCUUCUUUUCUUUCUAUGGCCUUUCCAUCUUGGCACAAUCAUCUCCUUCCUACAAUCUUUUUAUUCUUUAAAAUUUUAUUUCAUCCAGUGUUGGGUUUUUGCAGAUUUAUAGUAUGAUCUUCUGAAACAUAUCUGCCGUAAAUUAGCGGUAAAGUUUGGUGUUCGCUUUUAUCUUGGCCAAACCUUUUUACAGAAGAAUCUGGAGAUGUGCGCCUGGACAAGUAUUGAAUAUUGAAAUGAGAACUAUGUAGGAACCCUCUGUUAAUUUAUCUUGUGAAUAAUGUAAAUAAAUCCAUGAUUGAUUGUGA